AUUCGUAGUCUCCGGGUAGUACUAAAUACGAUGAUAAUAUUAACAAUAUUAUAAUUUAUUACUUGUCGUAGGUCGAGUGUCGGGUCUGUUUGUUGCCGCCGGCUCGAGGGUGCGCGUCAAAAAAUCCGUUUUUGUUUACCGGAACGCUCGCACGCACGUACUCGCACGCACACUCCUCACACCAACAGUAAACAGAGUGACAGACGCACAUUUUAAUUUUUUCUCCGCGUUCUUCAAUAUCGAUUUGUCGGAUUUGUCCACUUCAUAUCUUGUUUGUCUUAUUUCUCCCUUUUUCCGUUACUGUCCAGUGUUUUACGCGUUCCCGAGCGUCCUUUCCGACACACUUUCCGCGUGAUCUUGCUAUCAACGUUUUUCAGCUCAUCGUUGUUGUUGUUUACUUCCUCGACCGUCACACACCGUCGUCAUUCUGGCCGCCCGCAGCGCGAAUAGAAACCAGCUCGAUAUGGCGUCCGCAGCAGCCGCGGCCGCCUACAACCAAAACCGCCGAGUGCCGCCUACUAUGCAAAUCCAAAAAAUACUUGAUGAAAAUGCACAACUGAUUUCAACUAUUCAAGAAUUUCAAAGUAAAGGAAAAGCUCAAGAUUGUGUUCAAUUCCAGCAAAUUCUUCACCGUAAUUUAGUCUACUUGGCAUCUGUGGCGGAUUCGAAUCAAAACAUUCAAUCAUUGCUUCCGCCACCAAGUAUUGCUUUGCAACAAGGUAUGCAAGCUCAAGGGCAGCACAUGCACCAGAUACAACAGCAACAGCAACAACAUCAACAGCAUCAGCAGCAAUUACAGCAACAACAGCAACAGCAACAGCAGCAGCAACAACAGCAGCAGCAGCAACAGCAACAGCAACCUCCACCACCAUCUGUUAUGAUGGGUGGACCAGAUGGUCAAAAUCCUCAGUCAAUACAACAGCAACAACAACAGCCUCAGCAAGGUCCACCUCAACAGGCCAUGAACCAAGUGUUUACUCAAGGACAAGUAGGACCAAUGCCUCCUAGUGGAUAUCGUCCUCAACAAUCAAUUGCUCCAAUGCGUCCACCUUCUCAACAAUACAGACCAUCACCUCAGUAUCAAGGACAACAAGGCUAUCAAAAUUUUACAACUACACAAAGUAGUGCCGUUGUUGGUACUAGCCAAGCAGGUGGAGGUGUCGUGUACAACCAACCACCAAACCAACCUUAUCCAGGUCAAGGAUAUGGUCAUCAGCAACCAGUGCCCAGUUCCAACUAUCCAAAUCCUAAUUAUGCCAAUCCACCUACAAAUCAACAGUACCAACCAAAUGGUCCAUAUGGCAACCAGCCUGGUGGUAGUUAUCCACAAAAUACUGUUUCUUCUCAGCCACAGAAUUUCCCGCCUAACUAUCCACCUGCUGGAUAUGUUCAACAACCAGUGAGUUCAAGCAGUGGCUAUGGUCCUGUAACAAAUCAACCGUCAGCAUAUACUGGUUAUGGAAAUGCGCCUCAAAAUACUUAUGCUUCUUCUCAGACAACUCAAUCGGCGCCAUCUGCCUCUACACAGACAUACCCACCACCGCCUAACCAACCUGUUCCUAAUGCUGCUGUUGCUGUACAACAGACUGCUCCCGCACCUCAACCUAACUAUCCUGCACCACAACAACCCAACGCUCAAUCAUACCAAUCUCCUAAUAAUGGACCCAACCAACAGCCUGGACCACCUCAAAACUAUCCGCCUCAGCAAGGUUAUCAACCUCCACCUCAAGGAUAUCCACAAGGUUAUCCAACACCGGGUCAACCUGGUGGCUAUCAGCCAUAUCCACAGAGACCUUUGGUUCCUCCAUCUAAUCAGUCCCAAUAUCCGGGAUAUCCUUAUCAGCCUUCACCUGUUUAAGUAAUAAUGAACAAGACAAAAUAUGAACAUUAAUUAUUUAUUUAAAACCUUAUUUUUAACAAUAUUGAUACUGAAUCAAUGUACUUUAAUUUACUUAGAUUAUAAUUUUUAUUUUUUUUUUGUACUUGUUUAUUAAAUAUUGGUACAUGCAGCUUGUAAAUUAUUAUUAUGUAUACCCAUUAGCACUUAUGAAUUUG